CUUGAAAUGCCUAACAAGACCAACUUUCAACCCAAAGAUGCUCGAGCCGUGAGUAUCACUUACCGAGAUGAUGACGAUGAUGAUAUGUCUGAUUUAUUCGGUCCUGGCAAACGCAUGAUGACAGGCACACAAGCCUUAGUGGAUUUCCUGAAGACCACAAGCCCAGAAGAAUUUCAACGUACUUCCACCUCCAAUCAUUCUGAACGAUCUGUCAAUACACUGUUCUCAAGGAUCCGAAAGACCAAACGAGCACCUUCCAUCAUUCCCUCUACUGCCUCUGUACCUUCCAGCACGAUUUCUUUACCUGCUUCAUCUUCAUCAUCCUCUACGCUGACGAGUGCUUAUGAACUACGCAAACCUCAUAUUGAAAUCGUGCCACAAAAGACAAAAAGUGCUACUAUCAGCAGUAGUCGAUCUCCUUCUUUUCAUAGUGAGACGUUUGUGUCACGCAAGGCAAAGGAUCCUAUUUUGCCCAACAAGAAAAGAGAAUCAAGUCUGUAUAGUGGGUCUCUUAGACACUCGGUCUCUGUCCGUAGUCAUUUGAGUACAGUCAGCCAUAAGAAAUCACAUAAAGUGGCUACAGACCAAGUCUUGGCCAAGACACAAGGCAUGGAUAUGAUCGAAUCUGCUCUUUUGCAGCGAUUGGAGCGGUUAAAGACGGCUCAUGAGCCUAGGCCGAGUGAUCAAGUGGCGGCUGCUCUCUCAGCUGAACAUAUUCGAGCAUUAGGUAUUACUCAUCUAUUGGACAACACAACCAGAGAGACACAACACAAGAAAAAUGUGCGACAUAUGCAAGUGCAAACAGAACAAGCACAGAUCCAAACGUCUGAAGAACCUCAAGUUCCAACACCUACGCAUGUCUCUAGGGAAAAAGAUCCUGAAUUACGAGCCAGGAGAGCUGAAGUGGCACUGGAAAAUGCCAUGGAUCAUUUUGAAGUCAUGAGCGGACUUGCGUAUAAAAGACUACGUGAGUUAUGGGAAGAAAAGAUGCGUUGGGAAAAUGCCUGUAUGGAACUAAGAGACAGGCUACUGCUACUUGAACAAGAACAGAAAAAGACAGUGCAAGACUCGCCUCUUUUACGUGAAGACUAUUUGGAUCAUGUCUUGGUGGAAGAAGAAGAUGAACUGGGACUUUCAGAGUUUCCCAUUAGUGAACUUUGUUAA